CAAAUAUUAUCUUUUUUUAUUGCAGAAUGGACCAAACUCAGCUGUUGGAUUGGCAUGAGGAGAGCGAUCCUGAAGAUCCUUCUGGGGCUGGGGAUGCUGGGGAGAGCCCCAAGCCCGUGGGGCGCCUUCACCUUCUGAGCAGCAAGUACGGGCCUGAGAAGGAUUUUUGGAUCUACCUGGGGAAGAAUGUCAUUGGCCGGCUUGAAAGCUGCCAGAUCUGCUUGCCCGCCUCUUCCAUUUCAAAGGCUCACGCUGUCAUCGAGGUCCCCUCGCCUGAUGGACCCCACCUUUUGUAUGAUCAGGAGAGCCUGAACCGGACCCGGCGCCAGCGUAUGGUGUUGCUUCCUCAUGUCCGCUACAGCCUUCAGGAUGGGGACACCUUGCUCUUUGGAGAUGUGGGAUGCCAGUACUUCAUCCUUGACCCCGAGGGAGGCACUGAAUCCCCAAAUGACUCUUUGGAGGUGCCGCCCACCCAGGCAAGAAUGGAUGCCAAUGCCCUGGUCAUUGAGGAGACACCUGUGCCAGGGAGGAAGAUGGGCUUUGGGUGUCUCCUGGUCCAGGAUUCGGACAAGGAGGAGGAAGGCGAAGAAGUGGUGAAUGGGGCAGGCAAGAUGCUGCAUCUCCCAGUGGAUGAUGGGUCUGAUUCCUCGCUCAAACACAAUGCCAGAGGACACUGCAGUGUGGCCUCCUCCAUGUUCUCUUCGCCCUCCCCUACUAUUGUACCUGAAAGUGAUGAAGAAAGUGGGGAGCCCUCAGAAAGCAGCCUGCCUUGUCCCUCCUUGCGCCUGUGCUAUGAGAACGAGGAGGCUGAGCUGCGUUCUGUAGCGAACGGCUCUGUUACCCAUCUGAACCAGGAAACACAUCCUCUCCAGCCAGGAAGUACGGAGGCGAAAGUUUCUCCAGACUCCAGUGGACAACCAGUUGUUAAAGACCAGGAUGCUGCUGCAGAUCCCAGCCUCACGGACUUCCACCUGGACAGUGAUACAGAUAUGGAAGAUGACGAUGGGGUGGGUACCACUUCUGAAAGACCUUCAAUGGACAGCAUUGCCCUAGAACUGGGCAGCGACACAGACGCAGAAGAACCCACAGUCACCCCUCUGAACCAGGAAACACAUCCUAUCCAGCCAGGAAAUACGGAGAUGAAAGUUUCUCCAGACUCCAGAGGACAACCAGUUGUUAAAGACCAGGAUGCCACUACAGAUCCCAGCCUCACGAACUUCUACCUGGACAGUGAUACUGAUAGGGAAGAUGAAGAUGGGGUGGGUACCACUUCUGAAAGACCCUCUGUGAAGGACAGCCUUACCCUAGAACUGGGCAGCGACACAGACACAGAGGAACCCACGGUGGUGAAUCCAAGUGUUGGCUCUGUAGACAAUGGACAGUUAGCAAAUGAUAUUGACAGUGAUACAGACAUAGAGGAGGCAGAGGAGAACCCAAGCGUUUUGAGCUCCAAGGCCCACCGGGUCACCAACAACAGGGACAAUGACAUAGAUGUGAAGGGGGCAGCGGACAAUGCAGGUGUUGAAUCUUCUGGAGACAGGGAGUCCAGUCUCCAUUGCAAGGACAGCCGCAAAGGCAAGGAAAGGGCAGAUGGCAAUCCAGAAGGCCAUCGGCCUCACAAAGUGGACAGGGACACAGAUGUGGAAGCAGCAGAGAAUCCAGGCACGGGUUCUAAGACACAGCCGCCUCUAGAAAAUGAGGAUGACACAGAUGUGGAAGAGCUGUCCCUUGGGGCAGAGAAUCGAGAAGGAGCUCUGAAGGAUCCCGAGGCUUCUAGGGACAGUGAUACAGAUGUGGAGGUGACUGAGCCAGAGAGGUUAUGUGGGGCCAGUCCCCACAGUCCCCAGCCUACGAGAAAUGAAGACAGCGGUGGAGCGGUGAUGGAGCUCAAGGGGACGGGGCUGCAGCAGAAGGGCCACCUGGUGGAAGGGGCAAGGGAAAUAAAGGAUGCCAGUGUUGAACCCCCCGAGGGUUAUGGAGUUGCUGGUGAACAGUCUAGGUGCUUGGACGGGAAGGAACCCGCUGCAGGCACCCAGAUUGUAGAGCAGCCAGGCUCCAUGCCUCAAAAUCAACACCUGCUUGCUAUUUCUGUGGAUAGUGAUACAGAUGUGGAGGAAGCCCCUGAGAGUCCAAAGGUGAGCUCAAAGGAAAAUUGCGCAGUCACUGACUGCGGCCCUGGUGGAGGAAACGGAGGUGACGGCUCUGGGGAUCUAGAGGCUGGACCCAGGGAAGAGGACAGCGAUACAGAUCUGGAAGUGGCUUCUCCGUCCCCCAAGACCCUUGUGGCUCAUGAUAGCGAUACGGAUGUGGAAGCAGAAACCUUGGCUUUGCCAAGGAAACCCUUGGAAGAACAAGAUACCCAGCUGGUGUCCAUGAGACCAUCAGUGGACAGGGAGGAAGAGGCUAGCUCUGCAGCAGGGUUGAGGGCCUGUCAUGGUCCUUGCAAAGAGGAUGAAGAUACUGACGUUGAAGGCAACGAGUCCUGCCCAGGAGAUGAGAGCAACACCGAUGAGGAAGAUGAUUCCGACCUGGCUCUCCAGGCAACACAGUGCUACCUGCCCAUCAAGACCUCCUCUUCCAAGGCUGAAAAGGCUAGGGAUACCACAGCAGCAGGCUCCAGAUGUGCCCUGGAAGAGGAGGCUACUCAGGCAUUUGUCUUCCGAUCCCCCUCGAGUUUCCCGCCUGGGAAAACUUGCAGCUCUCCCUUGAAAGAUGACGAUCCAGAUAUCUAUAUGCUAGAAGCCACUCAGCCCUUCUGCAAGGGGUCUGCAACACUCUCAGAGGAGCCCACACAGGCCUUCAUUGUUGAAGAAGAGGAAGAUAUAGAACUGGUUGGCCAGCAACCUCUUGAAAGGGAACGCCUCUCUGAACAGGCUACGCAGCCUGCAGUUCCAAUAUCAGCCAUUAGAGGUCAGGAUUCUGGCACCCCAGAAGGUGCAACCGAACUCCGGGCCACAGAAGUGUCUUGUCCUGAGCCAGUCUCACAACCAGCAGAUGGCGCCGCUGCAGAGGAGCCCCACAAAGAAGAGGAAAUUCAACCACUCCCUUCAGCGCAAGUUCCCCCUACUGUGGACAGUCAACCCUUGGCACUGCCUGGGGUAGAGAAGGCUUCUGGGAGUGAGGAGCAGACGUGUGUGGCAUCCCCUGAAGGCGGAGUCACUGUAGAACCAUCACAGCCCCAGGGAGGGGCAGGCUGCAUUGAAAGUGGGCCAAAAGAAAGGCGCUCCAAGCUGGCAGGAGAUGCAAGGGAUGCUGAACAGCUGCCACAGUGUGCCACCGACGAGCCUUCCAAACCAGUGGCUUUGGUCUCCGAGCGGCGGCGCAGCCUGCGGUCCUCAACAGCCUCCUCCCCAUCUCCCCUGCCAGAAGGAAGCAGCAGCCGUCAUGGUGGCCGGGGAAGAUCUGCAGCCCCUGCCAGCUCCAGUGAGCCAGCGGCUGUCCCGGCCAGGCGUCGGGGGCUGCGGCAGCUCAGCAAUCCCAUGCAGUACAUGGGGGAGCCAAAGAGGAAGGUGGAAGAACCCAAGGCAGAGAAGGCAAGCCCUGGCAAGACACCUGGCAAGGGGGAGCCAGCAAGUCAGGGCAGACUCAGGCGCUCGCAGCGGAACUCUGCCUCGAAACCCGAGGAAGAAACAGCAAUAGCUGCCAGCAGCCUGGGGACCAAGGAGCCCACAAGGUCCAGGAAACGGAGAGCAGCAGCUGCCACCACUGAGUCUAUGGAAGAAAGGCAGCUGAAACAUCAUAGGACUCGGUCCAGCAGGCAGUCAAGGGGCGCUUCAGAGAUGACAACACUGAGCCCAAAGGAUUCUGGGAAAGACACCAAAGCUGGGCAGGAGUCUGCAGUGUUCACUCCGUCUUCAGGGAGGAGGCUGCGGCGGCAGAGCCUAGAAAGCAAGCCUACGGGAACAACCCGGAGCAGAUCCCACAGUUCGGCAGCCUCUGCCACGCCUGCACCGAAGGUGCUGUUCACGGGGGUGAUCGAUGAGGAGGGGGAGCAGGUGGUCACAGAACUGGGGGGCUCUUUGGCAGAGUCUGUCUUCGAUUGCACCCACCUUGUGACAGACCGUGUGCGCCGCACAGUCAAAUUUCUGUGUGCUCUGGCUCGAGGCAUUCCCAUUGUUACCCUUGACUGGCUGGAGAAGAGCAAGCGAAACUCUUUCUUCUUGGCCCCAAACACCUUCCUUGUUCACGACCCUGAGCAGGAGAAGAACUUCCAGUUCAGCCUCACGCAGUCCCUGAAGAAGGCCCGGCAAAAGGGAGGCCUGCUUCAGGGAUACGAACUCCACGUCACUCCUAAUGUCAAGCCAGAACCCGAGCACAUGAGAGACAUCAUCAAAUGCAGUGGGGGCACCUUCUUACCCAGAAUGCCUCGAACCUACAAGGACAAACGUGUCAUCAUCUCGUGCCCUGAAGACCUGCCCCGGUGCAAAGCUGCGCAGGAUGCCGGUGUCCCCCUCGCCAACUCGGAGUUCAUUCUGACGGGCAUUCUGCAGCAAAAGGCUGACCUGGACGCCCACCGUCUGGACAGAGAGGAUUCCCCCUCCCUCGCCAGUCCUGCCACUUUCACGACGAGAGCCGGCAAGAGGAGAGCCACAGUGCUCACUGCCCCAGCGCCACCCAGCACAGCAAAGAGACGGCGCUGAUGCCGCAACAGGGCUACAAACAUGAACUCACUGCCAUAAAUUUGUAAAUAGCAUUUUUUUAUACCUGUCAAUAAAUGCUGGGCAUUAAAAAAAAAAGAAAAGAAAGAUGACUGAGCAGGAUAUCAAGGAAGGAAUUGUCCGGUGAGUGGAAGUGGUGGGUGGUUGUUAUUUUGUUUUUUGAAGUUUGAACAAGUAGUUCCUGGCUAUUAGUCAGUCUUGCCCUGUACUGGAUUUAAUUUUGACAGAUUUAAUGGUAGAUUUAAUUUGCUGUCCAGCAGUCUCAGCUUCGAUGCCUUUUCUAUAUCUUACAGCUUAAUAAACGAAAGCUUCCAUUUUUGUUACAAAGAAAAA